AUGGCGAAUCGUUUUGCAGCUCAAACUGAACAACGUGGUAUGAAUACAGUAAAAACAACAGCUACACAUAAUGCUUCACGUGAUGAUGCACAUGGAUCAAAUGUUGGUGCUAGCCAUUUAUCAGCUAUUGCGGCAACAGCAGCAGCAACAACUGUUCCUCAACGUCGUCCAUCACAAGAAAGUAUACCACCAAAUAUGCUUCGGCGUUUAUCAAUGUCAGGUGGUCGAAAAUCUUCAAUGUUUCUUCCAUCAGGUCAACCUCGACCAAAUACAUACCGUAUGGAACCAGAUACUGAAUAUCGUUUUCGUCCAUAUAAACUUCAAUCGAAAAUCUAUGAAGUUUUAGUUGAACAAAUGAAAGAUCAAAAAUAUAAUCCAGCAACUGUAAAUGAUCUUGUUAAAAAUGUUUCACGUAGUGUUCAUCAAUUAAUGAAAAAUUUUCAAUUACCAAGAUAUAAAUUAAUUAUGCAAACGGCUAUUUCACAAAAAUAUGAUCAACUUGUACGUAUUGCAUCACGAUGUUUAUGGGAUCCAAAAACAGAUAAUAUGCUAUCGGUUAAUUAUGAAACAAAAGAUAUGAUUGCUAUUGUUACUGUUUAUGCUGUAUAUUGUGAAUAA